AUGGCCGGUUUUUUUUGGAAAGUAUUUUUUGGAAAGUAUUUUUCAGAGCAGGUCUUGCUGGCUAUAAAUGAUAAGGAUUUAUCAAAAAUCGAAGUUAGAGAAAUUGAUAAGAGUCAAGAACAAAAGAAAUUAGGCGAAAAGCAGGGAAGUAAUCCAACAAUUACUGAAAGUGCAAAAGAGGCACUUAUUCCUACAGUUCAUGCUUCGGAUGAUGAAAAAGAAGCAUGCACAGCUUUGAAAAUAGGUGCCGGUGGCGCUUUAGCAGCUGCUUCUCUUUAUCCACCCACAGCUCCGGUUGCUCAAGCUUUGUCAGCGAGUGAAUUUGUUGUAGGUGCAGCAGUGGAGAAAAUUGGUGAAGCAAAUGAUAAUAAAGAAUUGGAAGAAGGAGGAAAAAUUGCCAAGGAAGUUGGCGAAAUCGGAAGCUUGCCAUCAAUAGCACAGGGAGGCGUAGAAAAAUUAAUAGGAACAUAA